AGACAGCGAGAGACAGAAACAUCACAUCACAUCACUGCCGCUGAAAGGAAGCACAACAACGAUGGAAUUUCAACCAGAGGCGUAAUUUUUUGUUUUGUUUUUGUUUUUUUUUGUUUUUUUUGGGGGGGGAGGGGGUUUGAAUUACUUCUUUGAUUUCUUUAGCAUUUGUCAUUUGUACGCUUGGGUAACUUUUACUUUUUUGUUACACGUUGUGCCGGAUGCUGAGAUGCGCACAAAGUGACAGACAGCGCUCCUCGUGUCUUCUUCUGCCCCCUUAUCAAAACGCAAUGAAAGACGACUUUGCAGACGAGGAGGAAGGACAGUCUUUUGGAUACAAGCGCUUUGCCAUCCAGGAGGGCACCCAGUGCACCAAAUGUAAGAAGGAAUGGGCGCUGAAGAGCUCCAUAGCCUUGCUCUAUGUGCUGUGUACGCUCCUCACCAUAGCCGUUGCCGUACUCGGAUAUAAAGUGGUGAAAAGAGUCGACAGCGUGUCUGAAGGCAUCGCCAACUACGGGGGGAAGAUUAUCGCGGUGGAGACGGACUUGAAAAAGCUAGAUGAUCAAAGUGGGGAAAAAUCUGAGAACGCCACCACAGCAAUCCAUGCCUUCAAGGGGAAGGUGUGGGCCCUCCAGAGGCAGCUGUCCAGCAUGGAGGAGCACCUCCUCGGCGACCAGGUCAAGCUGAGCCAGCUGCAAAACCUCGGCUCGGAAAUCCAAAGUGGUCAGGCCUACGUCCGAGGUCUGUUGGACGGCAACACGGCCGCCUUGCGCUUCGUCAACGGCACCCUGCACACGUACGGCAGUGUCCUGGGGGGUCUGCGGGACGACACGACCCGGCUGCAGCGAGAACUCCAGCAGCAAGUGAAACUCCAGAACCAGGUCUUGCUGAGCGUCGGUGGCCUGAACCUCACGCAGGCGCAGCAGCGCGUCCUCAUCGAGGCUCUGCACCGCUCCGUGGACGACAGCAGUCAGAAUAUCCAGAAAGUCCGCAAUGACUUCCAAAGCCUGGAGCAGACCACCAGACAGACGCGCUCUGAUACCGAGUGGCUUCGGAGUAAAGUGGACAACCUGCACGUUCUGGCAACUAAUGCCUCGGCGCUUUCCAAAGCCAACAACGAUAGCCUGGAGGAGGUCGGAUCCCAGCUGUCGUUUGUGUCCGGCCAGUUGCAGAACACCAGCAGCUUGGCAGACGUCCACGACCAGUCCCUGAAGGAGAUCCUGGACCGGCAGAGGGACUUCACCAACCUUACGUCAUCCAAAUUCGAGCGUCUGGAGGUGCGGCUGGACGAGUCGGAGCAGAACCUAGACCGGGUGACCGGCAACGUCAGCUUCACCACACAGCUCCUGGGCGCCAUCAACCUCAACCUCAACGCCGUCCGCGGAUGCUCCGAAACGGUCGGCCGCCACUCAGACUUGCUGCUGAGCCUCAACGGCAGCGUGGCCGACGUGAGGGUGGACGCGGCCGGAAUGCGAUCCCAGCAGGAGGACCUGGCGGCGCGCUUGGAUAAGGAGGUUACCAGCCUCUCCAUUAUCAUGGAGGAGAUGAAGCUUGUGGACACCAAGCACUCCCAGUUGAUCACCAACUUCACAAUCCUACAGGGUCCUCCUGGUCCCAGAGGGUCAAGGGGGGACAAAGGACCUCCGGGACCAACCGGUCAAUCAGGUCAGAAGGGCGAGAAAGGGGACAAAGGUGCCCCAGGGAUACGAGGGCCAAGAGGAGAGCAAGGUAUUCCAGGUCCACCAGGUCUACCAGGCUUAAGGGGCCUUCCAGGCGUCCCGGGCAACCCGGGGUCCAAGGGCCCCAGGGGAUCCGGGGGAAGGGCUGGACCUCCUGGAGGUAAAGGUGAGCCGGGCACAGCCGGUCUGCCCGGUAGAGACGGCCAGCCCGGUCCUCAGGGGGCACAGGGCCCACCGGGCAUCCGGGGUCCGAUAGGGCCGGCCGGAGAGCAGGGGACAAGGGGACUGCAAGGACCAGUGGGGCCUCCGGGGCCUACGGGACCACCGGGACCACCUGGAGUUCCCAUACGGGGAGUUGUCAAAACCUUGGUUCCGGUGUCUCUUCAAUAUGAGACAGUCGCUCCGACACCGCAGGCCCCAGGUUGUCCACCUGAGUGGCUUCACUACAGGGACAAGUGCUACUUGUUCUCCAAAGACCCACACAGCUUCGAUGACGCAAAGGCCGCUUGUGAACUAAACUCUGCUUCCUUGUUGAUCAUCCACGACAUGGAGGAACAGAAAUGGCUGCAGACGCAGACGACCGGCAAGGGUUACUUCUGGAUGGGUCUGACCGACCGGGCGGAGGAGAACGUUUGGCGCUGGCUGGACGGCAGCCGACCAGCUUUCACGAAGUGGAAGCCCGGCCAGCCCGACAACUGGGGUCACGGCCACGAGAGCGGCGAGAACUGCGCGGGCCUCAUCCACGAAGGCCUGUGGAACGAUUUCUUCUGUGAAGACCUCAUAAGCUACAUUUGCCAGAAGCAACACACGGAGACGCCAGGGAGCUCGUAGCAGUGACGGCGGGAAGGGGAGGGGGGGGGGGUGGGCAGCUAGACCGGACUCCACGUGGGUUGUGGUCCACCACAAAGGGACGCAUUUGAGACUCGAGCGGCUUGAGUGCAAUACAGCAUCGCAUCCAAAGAAAGGACAAUCUGUUUAUAUAUAUAUACUGUAUUUUUUACAAACCUACCAAGUGAUUGAAAUAUAUUUUAGCGUACAACUGAAUAUCUGAAUGUAUAUUUCACUAUGCAGUUUAUUAGGAAAUGAGCGAUUCCUUAAAUACAAAAAAAAAUUACAUGCUUUUCAUUCAUUCUUAAAAUUGUUUUCUGAUGUGAUUAAAAGGUACCAAAUUAUA